AUGGGGCUGGUUAUGAGCGUUCUUUCUGUGGUAAACGAAGAUAAGGUUUGUAAAUUCUGCUAUGGAGACGAUAGCUCUGGCUCGAGUUGGCUACAUCCAUGUCGUUGUAUUGGAACACUUUAUGUAAGUUUCUGAAAAUAUUUUUUGAGCAAUUUAAAUAUGAAGUUUUGUAUCAUUGUUUUGAACGGUUUUCAAAUGACGUUUUCCAGUGGGUCCACGAAUCGUGCUUCGAUCUUUGGAUGUCUAGGGCAUCCGCUCAGCAACAAAUACAGUGCCAAACUUGCAGGUAACUUUGAAUUUUUAUUUUUCAAAACGAAUUUCUGAAGAGUUUGAAGGUAUGUAUAUCAAAAGAACUGGGUGCUGAAGUCGCUGUCGGAAUGGUCGGUUCCUGAGAUUAAAAUGAGCGCCUGGCAAUUUAUGGAGUGUUUUCUAGACGCUUAUUCGACGUACAAGUUCAUCCGAGGGUUUAUUUGGAUGAUGGAAGGUCGAAGGUUGGUUUCAAAUUCCAAUUCAUGAACUUGAACAGGGUUUCAGGUCUAUAUUCUUUCAACUCGUCCACUUAUUCUUUUGGAGGACUUUCAUCAUGUCCGACAGGCGGAUUUCCUACUAUACAGCGCUUGGAAGGGCCAUGCUUUCUGGAUUUUUCGAUGUCCAUAUCGUCGAUUAUUUACCUGAAAAUGAGUGAGUUUUUUUGUUGGUAUUUGCAAUUAUCUAAAAGUUUUUUUUUUACUACUUUGGAACAUAACUUCUUUGUAUUUUUCCCUUAGCUUCACCACAUCGUCCAGAUUUUCCGAACAUUGAUAUGUAAUCAGCUCAAGAUUUUUCAGAAGCGACAUGGUGAAAAUCAGCGAACGAGGGACUAAGAUCCAAAACUUGUUUGUUUUCGAUGUUGAUCGCUAUCCUGAUUGAAAUUGAAAGUCAACAGUUGUAGGCAUCGUUCUUUUUUUGUGUUUUUUUUUGUAUUCCACCGUUUCUCAGUCCUUUUUACGUGUACUCAAAGUAUUUUUCUGUAUCUUGGGCGAUUUAUCAAAAGAAAAAGUGUAUACUAGUUAUGAAUAGAGCCGCUUACAUGUAUUUAUUUGUUCAAUAGACCGGUUUUAAUUUUUCUCGAUUUUUUGAAUAAAAGUUCAUACUAUUCGUGGUGUAUAAGCUUGAGUUUUCUGGAAAGGGUUUUUUCCGAUCGAUUUUCAAGAUAUUUAUCAAACAUUAUUUUCAGAUAAAUGUAUAUUCUUUUCGUUUUCAGAGAUUUUUUUUUGGCUUAGGAGCUCUGUGCGGAUAACCACUCGAGUAGUGUUUGUCCAACUACCGCCACUCUCUAUAAUUUGCCUAUUGAUUAGUGUAUACCGGUCCUUGCGCUUUGCUAACCUCCCAGCUUGUUAUUCUGUCUGUUAGAAGUUUUAUAGAGUGCACAAAAAUAUGAUAGAUCUGUGCUUCUACAAAAAAUUGUACAACAUAGUGUGAACUUCUGAAAAUAUUCUUAUUUUGCCGAUUAAUUUACAAAAAGUAAUCGAUUCGCACUCGUUGCUUUUUGGAAAUGUUUGAAAAUUCCCCUGUAGACUGAAUUUUGAAUGAAUGAAAAAAAAAUUAAAUGAAGUUUCUCGUCAUCCUUUUUUCAAAAAAUGUUUCACAAAAUCUCUUCCGUUUCGAUUAAAUUGAAAUUAUUACGCCAAUUCGAUAAGAUUGGAAGGAAACUAUUUUGCGGGAAGAAAAUGAGAAAACAUUUUUUUUCCCACAAUUUCUUAGCUCAAAUUUGUAGUCUCAGUCAAUAGUCCUUCGCCUCAUUUCUUGCCGAAAUACUUCCGAAUCUUUUUUCUUUUAACAACAGCUUUUUCUCGAAAAUGCUAGCAUAAUUCGAGUUCAAUUCGAAUUUUUUUUACAGAAAUCAGUUUGAUUUCAUAGUGAAAAUGGCUUUCGCGUAGAACGUUACUAUAUAUUUUUGCCGAUUUUUUCUCAAAGCUCCAUGAGAAACCUCAUAGCGAUCUUCGUUCCAGAUGAGCUUCUUGGACCACGUGUUCGAGUUUUGGGAGCUUGCCAAGGCUCAGCCCUAUGACGUCACGCAGUACAUUGUCGGCAUCGUUGUACCGCUGAUCGUCGUCGCGUUCAUGUUCAACUGGCGCAUCAAGCAAUCAUUAAAAAAACACAAAAAGGUUUUUUUUUUGAAGAAACUUCGAUAGGAGACUUCAGAUUGGUUUCGAGAGAUUGAUUUCAAAAAAAAAUAAUUUUUUCAUGACAAUACAGGGAUAAAUCGAUUUUUUUAAAAAAUCAGUCCCGACUCGAAUCACAACACCUUUGUGUUUUAUUCACAAGCGCAUAGGCAAAAUUUGAAAAGGUUUAAGAAUAUAAUUGUUUUUAUUUGGUAAUUUUUUGAUGCUGUCGAACAACCUGGGGAGAUGGGUUCGUUUUUUUUAUCGGAGAAAAAGAUAAAAACUUAAGUAGCGAAUUUAUUGUUGAUUAGGCUUGUCAGAACAAGAAUCCAUUCUUUUCGGUUCCGGGGGACCCUGUAUCAUCGAAGAAGAGGCCAAUUCCACUUUUUUUCUCUUUUGCAGCUGCGCCGACAAAGGGAAAAGCUGUUGAAGAAGCUGCAAGACGGGCGUCCAGAGGCCGAGGCCCUCGAGAAUUUAACAGAAUACGAUAAUUGA